AUGGCGGAAUUCAAUGAAACGGGAGGCGUGAUUCUGGAUGGUCCAUUUGACCCGGAUGCCCAGGCCACAGUGACCGACUUUAUCGAUUACACCGAAUACCUCCCUGCCGAUUUGCUCCGAUCCCUUACCCUCAUUCGCGGCCUAGAUAAGCGCUACUUGGACAGCGCGCAGGGUGUCCAUGACCUCACCAAGAAGUACGGCCAACUCCCCGACCUCCCUCCCGAAACGCGUCCCGACCCGACUGCUCUGCGCAAAGAUAUCUCGGCCCAGCUUGACAGCGCUAUCAAUGCUCGCGAGUCGGCUUACGCCGAAGCCUGUCGUCUAUACGAUGUCGUCGAUCGCCACUUCAACCGACUAGAUUCGAUCAGACAGAAGCUCGAAGCGCUACCCAAGCCUAUCGAGCGCGAACCUACUCCUCCUCCACAGCCUCUUACAAACGCGAAGCGUCCUCGCACAACCAAAAAAGAAGAUGCACCGACUACGACGACGCGAAUCACACUGCGCUUGGAUGGUGCGAGAGGCGACAAGAAGUCAAGGACGCGACGGUCUUUGGUUGCAGCAGAUCAUCUUGUGGGAUUGCACCCCGACUCUCCAAUUGCCAGUACCGAACACUCAGACAAUGAGGUGGAACUCAAGCCGGCUCCUUUGGUACCUGUGACUCAGACCAAAAAGGAGAAACAAGCCCGACGUCCAAAGCCUUCCGGAGAGGCGACCAGCAGCUCGAGAGCAUCUGCAGGCAUGUCCACCAGCAGCGCUCUGGCGUUGCUGAAGCCUCCUCCAGAAGACGCGAAACCCGGAAGCGAAGAUCUACCGUGGCUGCGUCUCACCGAAUGGGAGAUGACCAAACUUCGCAAGAAAAUGAAGAAAAACGCGGUCUGGCAGCCAAGCGAAGUGAUGAUUCACCGCGAACUAGCGAUUCGUGGCCGCGGAUGGGAGGCAUAUCGGGCAGCCAAGGCGGAGGCCGAAGCCAAUGGAACCGAAUUUUUGGACUGCGACGACAUUAUGAACAAUCAUGUUCCGGGACUCCUGACCAAACCAAGCAAUGGAAGCAAAGAGGUUGACGGCAUCAUGGAAAUGAAACUGAGCAAUCGAGGCAUGAAGUUAAAUGAAGCCAAAAAGCUGAAGCGCGAAAACCAGGCGAGGGAACAAGCCGCCUUAGCCGCUGCGGAGGCAGAAGCAGCCAAGAGCCUAGGUCAGCUUGGCUCCACCUCCCAAGGUUUUGUCUCCAACGGUGCUGAUCGUCCGCAGGAGUCUUCGGCAGCGGACAAACCAAGCCGAUUAUUGAAGAAACGGAAAACCGAGACGAGCAGUCCACCAGCCCCGGAACCCGUCGCUCCACCAGAGGACGCUGAAAUUGAAAGCCGACCUACGCGUAGUGCAGCAAAACGUCGAAAGACGGACAAAGGAUCACCACCGGGCGAAGCUCCAACUCCGAAGGCAACAGAAGAUGCGCCUGAAAUUUCGCCUGAGAUUGCACCUGGGAACGCGGCUGAGAAUCCGUCUGAGAGCGCUUCUGACAACGCGUAUGACAGAGCACCUGACAUCGCGCCCGAGACUGCGGUUGAUACUGUGCCUGAGCCCGCACUUGAGCUCGCACCUGAGAUCAAGGUCGACUUGCCAACAUCACCCAAAGCAGCAGCAGCUGUUCCGCCGCUUGUGACAAGAUCCAAAGCAGGGGCCACCUCUACCACUUCAGCGCCAUCAGAAUCCCGACCCCCCUCGCGUGGAGUCUCCACAGCGACAGCAGAGCCUGUCCUGAAUGCGGCAAGGGAACUGCGUCUAAAGAGUGCCACACCUGCAAGAAAAACACCAGUACCGGAAGGGUCUCGCGCACCGAGCGUCAGCGCACCCACUCGCCGCCGCAAGCGGCCCGCUCCGGGCCCAGUCUCAAAUGGUCCAGACGGGGGCGCCGCAGUCAGCUAUGGACGCCGCAAAGCCAAACCGGGCAAGAAGCGGGUAGGACCACGAGAGCCCGGUCUGAACAUGGGACAAGACAUCCGCAUUGACGAAGAUGGAGUGCUUGAAGAAAUCGACCCCAAUGAGCCGCGGUACUGUUUAUGCGGAGACGUUAGCUUCGGCACGAUGAUCUGCUGUGAGAAUCCAGACUGUGACCGCGAAUGGUUCCAUCUCGACUGCGUCGGACUCUCCGAAGUCCCCAGCCGCACAGCGAAAUGGUACUGUCCCGACUGCCGCGUCAAGUUUAACAAAGGCGCGCACGGAAUCAUCAAACCUAGCUCGCUGCGUCGGUGA